GGCACACAGCACAACAGCAUCUGUGCUCAUAUGAACUUUCGUUUGGCGUUUUCUCUCUUUGGACUUCUUUUGACUUGUUUACUGUGCUGGGCUCUACUCAUUCUGCUGCAUUCGUUUCUGCUUCCUCUCUUUUCGCCUGUGUUUUCCUCUCUGAAGCUCUUGUCUUUGCAAAUGCUUUCUAUUCUGCUUCUAGAUCCAGAAGAGGUUGGAAAUUGUAGGGAAAUCUAGCAUUUGAAGGAGACCCAUUAGUCGUCUUCUUCAAUUGGAAGUGCAGAACCACGAGUCAAGUAAAACCCUAGAUCUGCGAUGCUUCAUCUUCGCCCACGGCGGGAUUCUACUCCCGCCACCACUCGGUGGCAGAACAAGUUUGACGAAAAUUUGGAGCAAUGGCCGCACCUCAAUGAAUUGGUUCACUGCUAUACAACAGAUUGGGUUAAGGAUGAGAACAAGUAUGGGCACUAUGAGAGUGUGGGUCCGUUGUCGUUUCAGAAUCAGAUAUAUGAAGGCCCUGAUACUGAUAUUGAGACUGAAAUGUGUCUUGCUGGUGCAAGGCGAGCCAAGGCCGAAGAUAUUACUGAAGAUGACAUUCCAAGUACGUCAGGAAGGCAGUUCAUGGAAGCUGCGGAUGCUGACACACAGCCUUCAGGUGUUCCCAAGCACUUUGGUCAAUCUCCCCUUCCAGCUUAUGAGCCAGCAUUUGAUUGGGAAAAUGAGAGGUCGUUGAUACUUGGACAACGGAUACCAGAAACUCCCAUAUCACAUGGAAUGAAAAUUUCAAUAAAAGUCCAGUCUUUACAAUUUCAAGUGGGAUUAGUUGAGCCCUUUUAUGGUACAAUUAGCUUAUACAAUAGGGAGAGAAGAGAAAAAUUGUCAGAAGACUUUUACUUUCGUGUCCUACCGACAGAAAUGCAGGAUACCAAGAGUUCAUAUGGACGUCAUGGGGUUUUCUAUCUAGAUGCUCCAUCAGCAUCAGUUUGUUUGCUAAUCCAGUUGGAGAGACAUGCUACAGAAGAAGGCGGGGUCACUUCAUCUGUUUAUUCACGAAAAGAAUCAGGUCACUUGACUGAUAGAGAGAAGCAAAAAUUGCAGGUGUGGUCUCAAAUCAUGCCUUACAAAGAGUCCUUCGCAUGGGCCAUGGUAUCAUUAUUUGAUAACAAUGCUGGUGCAGCUUCGGUAGGGCCUGCUUCCCCAAGCAGCCCUCUUGCUCCAAGUGUUUCUGGUUCAAGUUCCCAUGAAGGUGUUUUUGAGACUAGUGCAAAAAUCUCUCUAGAUGGAAAGCUGGGUUAUUCGAGUGUAAAUUCUGUCAUGGUUGAGAUUUCAAACUUAGACAAAGUCAAAGAAAGCUACACUGAGGAAUCACUUCUGGACCCCAAACGUAAAGUGCAUAAACCUGUUAAAGGUGUUUUGAGACUGGAAAUAGAGAAGCACCAGAUUUCCCAAGCUGAAAUGGAAAACAUGUCAGAAAUUGGUACCAAUGACUCUGUGGACCCAAGCGAUCAUAUUGCAGAGUCUUCAUCUGGAAAACACCCUAGUGAUGGUUUUGAUGAUCCUCAGGGUAGUAUCUCGAAAUGGAAUUCCCAUGAUGGGAAAGAAGCCUCUGGAAAUGGAACAAAUAUACAUGGGAAUCCAGAUUUUAAUUCUGAUGAUUUCCAUGCUUUUGACUUUCGCACUACAACGAGAAACGAGCCUUUUUUGCAACUGUUUCACUGUCUGUAUGUGUAUCCGUUGACUGUAAGUUUGGGUAGGAAGAAAAAUUUGUUCAUACGGGUUGAACUUAGAGAGGAUGAUGGUGAUCUUCGUAAACAGCCAUUGGAGGCAAUGUAUCCUAGGGAUCCUGGUGCUCCGCUACAGAAGUGGGCUCACACCCAAGUUGCUGCUGGGGCUAGAAUGGCUUGUUACCAUGAUGAAAUCAAACUUUCCCUCCCUGCUAUGUGGACACCAACACACCACCUUUUAUUUACUUUCUUUCAUGUUGAUCUGCAGACAAAAUUAGAAGCUCCAAAACCAGUGGUGAUUGGAUAUGCGGCACUUCCGUUAUCUUCACAUGCUCAGCUGCGAUCUGAAAUAUCUCUAUCAAUUAUGAAAGAGCUGAUUCCCCAUUAUCUCCAGGAUACAGGAAGGGAGAGAUUGGAUUAUUUGGAAGAUGGAAAAAAUGUCUUCAAAUUACGUUUAAGGCUUUGCUCAUCUUUAUACCCUGUCAAUGAACGCAUUAGGGAUUUCUUUCUUGAAUAUGAUAGACACACGCUUCGAACAAGCCCACCUUGGGGUUCUGAACUUCUGGAGGCUAUUAAUAGCUUGAAGAAUGUUGAUUCCACUGCUUUACUUCAGUUUCUUCACCCAAUUCUGAAUAUGCUGCUUCAUCUCAUAGGCAAUGGUGGAGAAACACUCCAGGUUGCAGCUUUCAGGGCCAUGGUUAACAUUGUUACCAGGGUGCAGCAGGAGUCAGUUGACGAUGCUGAAAGAAAUCAUUUUUUAGUCAAUUAUGUUGAUUAUGCGUUUGAUGACUUUGGUGGUCGUCAACCACCAGUAUAUCCUGGAUUAUCUACUGUUUGGGGAAGCUUGGCACGAAGCAAGGUAUUGUGCAUUCUUUCUCAUUUUGAAAUUUCUAUAUUAUUGACAUACUGUGAUGUAAAUGUUGUAUCAAUUUCGUAGUCAUGAUAUAGUAUAAAUA